AUGUCACGGCGCACUAUCGGUGGUGGACGGGUCCUGGGAAGCAGUAGAACUCUCGGGCCUCCCGCUCCUCCUCCAAAGCCCACGUCGCCUCUCCCCAGCCAUGUCCUAUCCCCCUCAGCCUCGAGCCUGUCCUUGAACACCUCUGAGAGCGGGACUUCUACGCCUACGUCGUCUGAUCCCCAAGAUAUCGCAUCUCGAGUCUCACUCGACCAUGGAGCCGCCGAUUUGUCUGCGGCUGCGGCUGCGGCUGCAGCUGCGGUAACAGACCGCUUGGUCUGUCCCAUCUGCAACGAGGAAAUGGUCACUUUGCUGCAACUGAAUAGGCACCUGGAUGAUGCACAUAAAGAGAUUGAAGAAGAGCAGCAAGAUGAGGUCAAAGAUUGGUUCAAACAACAAAUGGUCAAGGCAAAGAGAUUCCAGCCGUUGGCGGUGCUGAACCAGAAACUCAAGGGUUUGGAUGUCUUCGAGUCGAACCACGACAUCGUCCGAAGCAGUACCCCUACACCGAGGAGUGAGUCCGUGUCAAGAGAUCCUAGGGACUCUCCCGCCCCGCCUUUGCCUCCAAAACCCUCACAACCCGUCCUUGAUCCGGAAGACAUCAUCACGAAGCAACACUGGCAAAGGCGGACUGGCUACGAUGUGUGUUCCGAUCCAACGUGCGAGAAGAGACUCGGUUCCACCGUGGGAAUCGUCAACUGUCGACAUUGCGGAAAGCUUUUUUGCGAGGAACAUACAAUGUAUCAGAUGAAGCUAUCGAGAUCUGCACAACAUGAGCCUGUCCGAGGGCUCUGGUAUCGAGUUUGCGAGACGUGCUACAAAAGCCGUGAGGGUUACACAGACAGGCAUGGUCUGGAAAGAGAUAGAAUGAAUGAGUUUGAAAGUGUAAGGCGGAGCAAGCUUGGGCAUAAAGAGAUGGAGAUUUCUAGGCUGGAGAAAAGGCUCUCCAGGAUAACGCAAAUACUUGCCAACCCGCCGGACGAGAUCCCGCAGCCCGCUCAUAACAAGAGAUGGUCAUUAGCAUGGGCUUCAAACGAUCCUCGAAAAGCCCUUGAGCAAAGCAUCGUGCCCUGGCAGAAUGACGCCGACGUCCCGAGGUGUCCGUAUUGCCAGCAAGACUUCAGCCAGUACUCCUUCCGGCGACAUCAUUGCAGAACAUGUGGGAAGGUCGUAUGUGGAGACGCUGCUACUGGAUGUUCAACCGUGAUCGGCCUCGAUGUUGCUACUACUAACACCCACCUCACCAUUACAGAAAAGCCUGGCCCCAACGACACCGUCGCUGUGGACGUCCGUCUCUGCAAAGAGUGCAAUCAAAUGAUCUUUUCCCGCAGGGACUUCCAAGCCUCGCUAACCUCGCCUGCCAUUGAGGCAUUUACCCGGUCGUACACCAACCUUCUCCAAUUCGAACGGGGCAUCCGGCUCCUGCUCCCCAAAUUUCAGAAACUUCUGCAAGCACUGCAAGACCCUGAUCAUCCUCCGUCAUCCAGUCAAAUCACCGACGCAUCACGUACACGCAAGCGACUGAUGGACUCGUUUACGCAAUAUGACACGGCAGCACGACGUAUACGGGACAUGCCGAGUCAAUCGCCAACACAACUGAAACUGCAGAAAGCCAUAUAUCAGAACGCGACGCAGUUUCUACAUCUCCAUAUGCUACCUUUAAAAUCACUCCCGAAGGUUCUCAAACACGCCACACCUCACGGCAGCAGCAUUAAACCCGCUGACCUCCACAACAACCCCAACCCUCGCUCUUCCUUGGCGAUCUUGAACGGCCCCCACCAUACAAGGAAAGACUCUUCUUCGGCCGUGAGCGUCGCAUCUUUGGCCACCACCAACUCGGCGCGGAUAUCUGAACUCGAAGCCGAAGAAAAAUCCCUCCGCGAGCGUCUGAUCGUCCUCGAAGAACAGAGGUUCCUCGUUCAAGAAAUGAUCGCAGACGCGAAUCGCCGGCGGAAAUUCGACGAGGUGGCGGCCCUGGCUGGGAACGUGGAAGACUUGUCCGCCGAGAUCGACGCCGUGGGGAAACUGGUCGAGGGCGUCAGGGGAGAGUUUGAGGGACUCUACACCACCAACGGCGGGCUGGGGAGUGGCGUGAACAGUCCACAGAGACAAAAUUCAGACCUGGGUCGAGACAAGGGCACGGGGAAGAUGAAGAGCGUGGAGAAUGGAUGA